GGCACCGUGACACCAGCUGAUGUAUUGAUCCGCUGGGGUUCGAGACUGUUCCGUUCGAUCGGUCGCUCUGGCUGCACGAGCGGGAGGGCCCGGAGCCUCGGAGUCAGCGACUCCCGGAUCCGAUUCCAUGCGAUGCCUCAAAAUUGAACGUGCGGACCCGAGAGUCAAAAUCCUUCAACUGAUAUGUCAGAUGAAGUCACACCGCCCUCCGUAUGUAGAAUACCAGGCUGGCAUGGGUUCGCCGUGAAGUUCUCGCCUUUCAACGCCGAUCUGGUCGUGUGUGCCGGGAACCAAAAUUAUGGAAUCCAGGGUCGGGGAGCUCUUCUAGUCCUGACUCGGGGCCGGGAUCGCCAGUUCCGAGUCUUGAACACUAUCGUUCAUCACGACGCUCUCUUCGACUUCAGCUUUAGUGAAGUCGAUCCCAAUGUCGUUUGCGCGGCUUCCGCUGACGGUCACCUGAUUAUCUUCCACUUACUGCACGCACAUCCAGUGGCUGUGAUCAAAGCUCACUCCAGAGAGAUAUCCUCAGUGCAAUGGAAUCCUACGCGCUCCAGUCAAAAUGUGCUGUCGUCAUCCUGGGACGGUACCAUCAAUCUCGUGGAUCCGUCGCGACAAGCGGUGUUGCGAUCGUUCAAAUUCCAUUCGAGCUAUGUUUACGACGCCGUCUGGGCGCCGCGUAAUCCGAACUCCUUCUGCUCGGCAUCGGGAGACGGCGCCGUCGGGGUUUGGGAUCUAAGAGCGGAGCGUCCUCAAAUCUGUCUGAGUGUUUCCCCUGCGGAAGUUCUGUCAGUCGAUUGGUCUGCGUACGACCCAGCGCUUUUGUCAGCGGGAUCCGUGGACAACCUCGUCUCGACGUGGGACAUUAGGAAACCGUCGGAAGCUCUCCAUCGAUUCCCUCAUCGGAUGGCAGUGAAGAAAGUUCGCUUCAAUCCGUUCCUGGGACACAUGUUGGCCUCGGUCUCUUACGAUUUCACGACUCAGGUCUACAACCUCAUGAGAGGCUCGUUCGCACGAUUCAAGAAUCACACGGAAUUCGUCUAUGGACUCGAUUGGAGCCUGAGAUUACAAGGCGAAUUCGCUGACUGCGGCUGGGAUCAACGAGUUUGCGUAGGCCGCCUGCCAAAGAGGGCGGAAUUGUUUUCCUCCGUGAUGUGAAGAAUUGCCGAACACGAAUUCAUCGCUACGAGCUCCUCUCGGGUACACUGCCCUGGUGACUCUCCGCACGAGAAAACCGACUGUACUCCGAAAUGGAUCUGGUUUGGCAUCACGCCGCUGUUAUAUCAACGCUGAAAUAAAUCGUUGACGACGUAAU